UGCUAAAUUUUGCCCUUGGAUUAGUUCGCCACUACAGAGAUAUGCGGCAGGUUUUGAGAAAUAUCCAGUCAAUCAUAAAAGGUUCUAAAGUUAAUAUUUCUAAGCUCUUUACAAUCUUGAUGUGACUUAGCAGCAAUUUCCGUAGCUUCUCAGAAAGUAUAUGAGUGUAAAAAGAGCUAGACUUAUUAAAAUAUUUGUAAGCCACAUCGAAGUUGUACAAAUAUCCUAAACAUUAACUCCAAAACCUCUGGUACUUGGCUAGUUAUUCCUCUAAACCUGUCGCAUUCAGAAGAUAUGACGAAUGAAGACCUAUUUGUUAUUUAUUGAAUGCACUGGAUGUCUGCAAUGAGCAGUCAGUCAAAAUGGGAAAUGUUAUCACUAUGGGUUAGUUAUCAUCUUGGUUUUGUGAAAUGAUGAAAUUUUAUGAGUUCUAACAUAAUACUGGAAGCCAUAGGAGAGUUUAUUUAAAUGCGUAUUGAUAAUUCCACAAUAUCUAAUU